AUGCGGUCGAAAAGGGGAUCGUAUCUGAAACGAAGCUUAAAAAGAAAAUUCGCCAUGGAUGAUAGUUUUGUGUUUUCGGAUGAAAAGUACUCUAAAGACGUCCUGAAGAGAUUGAGCGGGCUUCAAAAGCAGGGCAUCAUGUGCGAUGUAACGAUCAAAAUCGAGGAGGAAGAAUUUCACGCCCACAGGAAUAUUCUUUCUGCAUGUUCCGACUACUUUUUCGCCAUGUUCAACGGAAAUAUGAAAGAGCGACACGAACGUGAGAUCUCGAUAAGUGGCGUCGACAAAGAGAGUAUGAAGAUGAUUAUAGGUUUUAUAUACACAGGAGAAAUCACGUUGGACUGGAAUAACGUUGAGCCUGUCCUACAAAGCGCAAACCUGAUGCUCGUACAAUCUGUAAAAGACGCGUGUUCUCGUUUUCUUGAAAGCAGGCUCGACGUCAAAAACUGCAUCGGUAUUCAAGGCCUAGCGGAAGCAUACGCAUGCCAUAAACUUUGGACGAUAACUAACAACUUUAUUUUUCAAAAUUUUUCACACGUAGCCGAGAGUGAAGAAUUUAUGAACUUGGACGAGAAACAACUCGAGGUUUUGUUGCAGAGCGACGACAUUUCCGUGGAAAGUGAGGAAAAAGUUUACGAAGCUCUCCUUGGCUGGAUAAACUACGACCCAGAGAACAGACGGGAAUUUUUUCCGAGCUUGAUGGAAUUUAUUCGUCUCCCCCUCGUGUCACCGUACUACCUAGUCGACGUUGUCGAAAGCGAGGAGCUAUUUAACACUUCUGAGCGUUGCAAGGAGCUUCUUCUAGAAGCGCAACAUUACCACUUGUUGCCGGACCGACGCCAGCUUCUUGACAGCUCACGAACAAAGCCACGAAACUAUGAACGAUUUCAAGAGAUCCUCGUUGCCAUGGGAGGGAAUGGAGACUAUCAUAAUCAGAGUACAGGUCGGAAAAAAUGUUAGCACAAGGCCCGUUUACAAGGCGAUUUUUGCGGUGAUUUCUGAAAAAUAUAGGCAAAUUUCCGACAAAAAAUCCACUUGAAAAUUGCGCCUAAGAUCGCAGCCAAAAUCGCCAGUGUAUACGGGCUCUUUGACUGAGCAUCGCAGACUGGACGAAAUCAAGAAAUUAAACAUUAUGACCAAUCAUGACCAAUCGCAAUAGGCAAUGACGAUCGAUUUGGCAGAUCAGAUCAGUCAAAGCAAACGCGCGCAACAUGGGAAAACCGCGUGCGGACACCUCGUUUGGAUUUGAUUUUGAUUUUACCAGCCAAACAUAACAAUGGGAAAAACAACGAAAACAACAACAACAAAAUUACUUCGCCCGAUCGGCCAGGCUACUUUCUGAGAUACACAGUGACAAUUCUGAAACAAAUUGUCCGUCAUUCAGAUGUGGUUAAAAUGGCUUUGAUACUUUAGAUGAAUAGUACGCGUAGUUAAUGUUGAAGUUUAUUUAUUUAUGCACUUUAAUUGUAACAAGCUCUCUGUGUUUUCUUUCAGUUUAUGGAUUCAAUGUUGUGACUCAACUCUGGUCAGAUCUUCCAAGAUUCUCAAAGGAUCGUGGUUACCAUGGUAUAGCCAGUUUUGGGGGACAGCUUGUUGUUACUGGAGGUUAUUCCAACAUUAACUCUGAGACACUCGACUUAGGUAUUAAAUUACAUUAUUCUCUAAAGGCAGUGAAACGAUUAUAAAACAUUUUAUUGCUAAUCUAAAUAAUCAUAAAACACAGAAUAGGAGCGGACAUCUCGUUUAUUGAUGCACAAAAUGAAGCGAGCGUAGAGCAUUACAAAAAACAGCGUUACAUGUACAGUUCUAUAAACUGAGGGACAACUACAACACUAACUAACACAAAAAAUUACGGUUGACAGAGAUCUCUCGAAUGGCUCUUGCAUAGCUUAACAAACCUUAAAUGGGUCUACUAGUCCCUUGAGACACCUUACAAGCUCGCCUUGAAUACUUCUGCAGUGAUUAUAUAACGUAGUAUACAUACUCUUGUGAAAGAAGUAAAAUGUUACGAAAUAUAUUAGUGCUAAACCACAAAGCAGAAUGGAAACCACUACUCAGUUUGUUUUUGCCCCCUUUGAUAGGGAAUUUUGUGUUUUUGCUAACUGAGUAUGUAAACCGUAUCGAACUACCUGUGAUAAGCAAAAAAUUUACCAACGGAUUGGAAAGGUAGUUUUGAACUUCAGGAGCCUUUAUUUGGGAACCUUACUGCCAGUUCUAGCCUGAGAAAAUAGCCGACAUUUCGCGACGCCACCACUAAUUUCCCCGCGCAGGAGCCGAUGCUCCUGCCCCGCGAAAUGACGUCUGAGAAUAAAGCGCAGAAAUUCCAUACUGAUGAAGUGUCACUAUCCAGAUCUGGGAAAUGCUUUUGAUCGGUUGAAGCAAAUUUCCAGCCAAUCAGAAGCACUUGCCAGAUCUGGGUAGUGACACGUCAUCAGUAUGGAAUUUCUGUGCUCGUUUCUGAGACGUCAUUUCGCGGGGAAACCAGUGGUGGCGUCGCGAAAUGUCGGCUGUUUUCUCAGGCUAGAUCUGGCAGUUAGGACCGAAUUUCAAUCCUUCAAGACCAAUAGCGGAAUCGCCGUUUAACCGCCACACCAUUUAUAAUAGCAUUGGAAAUACACUAGGGGUGCCUAUUAUUGUUCUUGGGAAUGAGGGUGUGGAGCUACUGAGGGGGGAGGGAUGAGGAGAGGAGAGCGAGUGUUGUAAAGGAGUGGGCUUCUACCUUGGUGUCCAGUAAUAUUAAGGCUUGAGAAAGUGAGUGUUGUUUUGGGGAGAUCAUAAGCAACAACAUUUAGAAUCAAUUUUAUGUAUCCUUUCGUUUAAGCCCAAAGUUACGAUGUGCGUCAAAGGGAAUGGCAUAACAUGCCAAAUAUGCUUGGGAGGAGAAGCAAACAUGGAUCGGUGGAGAUUGACGGUCAUGUUUACGUAGUUGGCGGAUUUGACGGACAGACUACUUUAAAUUCCAUGGAAUCUUUCGGCCUUCAGACCACCAGGUAACAAAAUCAUAAGAGACAACAUUUAUCAGGGCUGUCAUUAAGAGGUGGGGGCAGGGGAAUUCCCCCGGCUACUAAGAACAUGCCCCCCCCCCAGCUACUUUCAUAGGAAAACAGAAGAAAAAUAGAACCAAAAGAAAUCCCUAGCUGGUUUAAUUCUCCGCCUACUUUUUGUGUUUACCCGGCAACUCGAAAUCUUAGUGACAGCCCUGAUAUUUAUCCCUUUCCAGCUUUGCAAAACUUACCAAACCUAAAAUUCACAAAGUAAUUGUUAUCAAAGGAUUUCGAUAGACUCAAAAGUUAGAAAUGCUUUACAUGAUCUCAUUUAUUGAUCUUGACCCAAAACGGUUUAUAAAGUAAGGUCAUUGGAAGAGAAUAUAGGCAUUGUCCAGCGUUCUACGGCUGAGAUGAAUUAACAAGGGAUAAGCACUCGGGCCUGGAGUGGUCAACUAUGAACAACUCGUCCUAAAGUAAGGCUCAUUUUCCACUUUCGCCUUAGGUGGCGAGUCAGAGCUCCCAUGCCAACGAGAAGAAGAUGUAUAUGUGCCGUGGCUCAUGGAAAGAACAUUUAUGUCAUCGGUGGACACGAUGGAUCAAGUAUUCUAAAUACAAUAGAGUGUUACGACGCCACAAGGUAAGAUAAGGUUAUUAGAUAAGUCAAGUUAUUUUAGCUGUUCAUCUGAUCAUGAGUAUAAAUUAUUCACUAUAUAUCAUAAGGAUAUGCCGGACCCGGGGUUCGCGUUACGUUCUUUAACAUGUUCAGCGCCGUUUUCCGGGGGAAGCGCGAGAAAAAGAAUCUUUCGGAGAAAGAGAAGGGGGCGGUGGGGACAGGUGAGAAAAGUCCUCUCUCCCCUCCCUCCAACUUUAUUCUACGCCACCCUAUCAGUAAAUCGGAGAGUAAAAUACUUUAAAACCCCUAAUUACUAUAUAAUCUCAUACUAAAAUCAGGGAAGCUCGAUCUCGUAAAAGAGCGAGAAAGUUCUUGGCAUUCCAUAAAACAUUCUUUACUACUUGUGCUGAUAAACUUGAUAAGGUCAUUCCAUCUUAUUAAGUGAAAUUAAUGCUGCUGCUAUUUAUCAAUCUUUGUUUUACAGGGACACUUGGAGUUCCACAGAGGUACAGCCUAUGCGCGACAGGCGUUCCUUCCCAAGCGCAGUUGUUGCAGACGAUGAAAUGUACGUCUUGGGGGGUUACGACGGCAACGAUACGCUUCGAUCUGUGGAGUGCUACAACUUCAACACGCAAGAAUGGACCCAGGUCCCUCCCAUGAACACCCCAAGAUCCAAUGCGGGCGCAUGCGUAUUUAACAAUAAAAUCUACCUCGUAGGAGGCUGGGACGGGAUCAGUUUAAACUCCGUGGAGAGCUUCGACAUCGCGACUCGGGUGUGGCAGCGAAUGCCUUCCCUUCCUCGACCCACAACUGGUGUACGAUGCUGUUUUUUAUCCUUCCAGUCUACGAACGAACAAAAGCCCAAGAGCAGAGCAAGUCGCGGGCACAUGUGUAUUAUCUGCUAA